CUCAAAUCCAUUUCUUUCUUCUCCUAUACUGUUCAAGAAAACCUAGCCAGUUCUAACUUCUUCCAUAUAACUCAUUAUAAAAAAAAUGUCUGGAGUUUGGGUGUUCAAGAAUGGGGUUUUCCGUUUGGUAGAAAAUCCAUCAUCAGAGCAAGGUCAAAGAAGAAGAAAGGUUUUGGUACACUUACCAACAGGGCAAGUGGUUUCAUCAUAUUGUUCUCUUGAAAGAAUUCUCAAUGGUUUGGGAUGGGAAAGGUAUUAUGGAGGUGACCCUGAACUCUUCCAAUUCCACAAGCAUUCUUCCAUCGACUUAAUUUCACUUCCUAAGGAUUUUGCCAAGUUCAACUCCAUUCACAUGUACGAUAUCGUCGUUAAAAACCCUAAUGUUUUCCAUGUUAGAGAUGUUUGAAUUAAUCCUUGUUUAUUAGAUGUCAUCUUUGUAUAGGAAAGCUAGCUAGGGUUUGUUUUUGUCUUGCUUCUUGGGAUAGGGUUGGUUUCUUCCCGUGUGCUUUGAUUUGGUUGCCAUGAGUCCUAGAUUCCAUUGUUGGUGAGUGAAAUGAUUUAAGUGACUCCUAUAUAUAUAGUUUGCGUUCAUUUGGUUAUUUUAAGUUUUUAGGGUUCAAGAAAUAGUUCCCAAGUAUGGCUGUGGAAUAAAGUAAUUUCGUAUCUUCUUUCGAUCC